GGAGAGGGGAUGUAUGCAGGGUCAGGGCCUGCUGUGCCUGUGUAGGGGAGAGGUUGGUGCUGGGUUUGGUUCAACAAGUGUCAGCAGGUCUGGGGAGCUGGCUGCCAGGUGAGGGGCUGCCUUUGGGCAGCAGGCAUGGCCCCGCAGAUACACCUGCACCAGGGGCACACCAGAAGAGUAGAGGGGCCCAAAUCGUGGACAAGCAGUAAGGAUCCUGGUAGUUAAGGAAGAUGGAAGCCUGGAAGGCCUUGAAUGACGGGUGUGGCCACUGAGGCCACCAGAGAGUAGGAAGGGGUCCAGCUGCCCCUGUGCCCACCCAUUCCUCCUACUGCUCCCUGUGGGUUCCCUGGAUGUGGGAUCUCAGUGGAGAGUUGCUGAAAGUCUCCCAAGUUUGCCACUUGCUGUCGGCGGGGCAGGCAUCUUGUCACCCUCUCCCCACCACCCUGUUCUAAAUUCUGCAGCAUGGUACCCUAGGGUGCAGCCCCGCCCCACGCCCCAGGCAAUAAUGGUCUGGGAUGACCUGUGGGGUUAUGUUGAUCAGGUUGCUUACCUGGCUUACCUGAGCAGGAUGCCAGGAGGUGAGUGUCUGGUGGUCUGGCAGGCUGGAAAGAGGAGAGACGAGAGUGUGCAGCACACGCCUGGCCUGGGGAGGCAGCAGGAACCUGGCACCUGUGACUUAGUUACUCCGUUUUUCAGAACCUGUCCUGUUUCAGAACCAGCAUUCUGUUCCAGAUGCUGGGUCAGGAUGGAGGGAUGUCUGGCUGGGCCGUCGGCAGGGUGACUGCCCAUCUCCAUGGCAUCCGGGUCUUUCCCUCCCUGGUCACCAGCAGGUGCACCUCUUAGGAGAGGAGCCCUUAGGGCCUGAUCUCCUUAGAUGCACCGCCAGUGGGCUCCAGAGUGAAGGACCCUCAGCAGCAGUGAGUCUGUUCCAGAACGUGAUAGUGGAGCCGAAUACCGAGUCUUAAAAAGCUUACAUUGAUUGCAUGGACUGCAGACUUUAGAAUCAUUCCUUUGGUAAAUAUCUGAGUGCUCACUCUGUGUCUGGCACAGAAGAGAUUUGAGAGAGGAACAGAGGGAACUUCUGCCUGCCUGGAGUUGACUGUAUUCUUGGGGAGACAAGCAAUAAGCAGACAAUUCAAUAAGUGUAUUAAAAUGUAGGUGCCGAGAGCGCAGAGUCCCGGGAGCUGUGCAUGUCAUAGGAGCCCAGGGGAGCUGCCUCCAAAGGCCCAGUGAAGAGGGAAGGAGAGUGCCAGGGAGCAGGAGUGGCAUGUGCAAAGGUCCCGAGGUGGAAUGAGCAUGGGGUCACUUUAUUCCAAAGCCACAAGUCCUCAGGUGCAGGCCCGGCCUGGGGGCACCUGCUGUGGGAGAGAGCUAGGCAGGAGGGCCUCUGCUGGGCUUGGCCUGGCAUCUGGGCUCAGCCUGAAUUUGCAGCCUGAGGCCUGGACGGGAAGAGCCUCCCUCUGGGCCUGAGGUGGGUGGCGAUUGGGAAACCUCUGCCGAGCAUUUCUGACAACCCAGGUGCUGGGCAGGGCUCCGUCCUCCUGCAGGUGGCCAAGGUGACAUGGCACACGUGUUUCUACAGCUCAGGCACCUUCACGCGGCCAGAGAGCCAGGGAGACCGAGGACAUGGGCUCUGGGAGCAACUAGGGUGGAGGUUGCCCUCCUGGGUGUAGUUCCCACGACUGGCACGUCUGGUCCAGUGAUAUGGGAUCUAGAAUGGGAUCAGCGUGAGAGUCAGGACAAAGGUGGCUUCUGGGCGCCCAUGUGCCCCUGGACUUGGGUCCUGAUCUCUGGGAGGAGCUGUGCGAAUGCUCAGAGUUCCCUCCCAAUUACAGUGUGGAUUUUAAAGCAGCAGCUCAGAACACUUGAGAAAAAUGGGCACAUGCUGCCUUAUUAACAGAAACGUGAUGAGUUGUGGUAAGAGCUAAUCACUGAGCACUUCUCCUAGGGGGUGUGCAGUGGUCUGGACUGUUCUCAUGACUGGGGGGCACCUUUCUGUGGGGGCCCUGUCCUGGUUUAGGGGUUCUGUGGCAGACGCCGUGUGCUGGUAGAGCUGGCUGAGCUGGGGUGGGCCCUGGUGUCCCCUGAUCCUCCGGGGUUCCUACUCUCUGCCCAGGAUCCUGGGGUUGCUGUGUUUGUAAUAGGCUUGGCUCACUUUGGAAGUGACCCCAUUCAGGUCUGAGAGGCUGGUGAGCCACGCUGGCUGAUGGCCCUUAGCCUCUGCGCUUUGCACUCAAAGCCCGUGCCUCUGUCUUGUCCUCGGUGCUCCACUGGGCUUGGUGAAGGAUACACAGGUGGGAGAGGAGUGGCCCCAGGGCUCUCAGCAUCCCGUCUGUCUUGGGUCCACAGCCCCAGGCUCUGUGCCCCAGGCAGUGUGACCGUGUCCCCCCCCCCGAGUGCCUGGCUGAGCCGUCUGUGACAUCCACGUGAGUUUCAGGUGCUGUGAGUCACCGGUUUGAUGACUCGACACUUAGGCUUCUCUGAUCCCUAAACGUGAACAGGGUCACCAGGCGUUUCAUUUCACCUUUGCUGGUCCAGCGAUGAACCAGAUCUCCAUGACCUGCUGAGCUUUUUCCAGUUGCCCUGGAUGGCACAAGGGGCGAGGGGUGUGCUGUAUGCCUGCUCCAAAAGGGGCCUGACCUGCUGGCUUGGCAGAGCAGGUGCUCCUGGCAGGGUGGUCUCACCUUCCCCGCCCAGGACCCUGGCCCGCAUGCUCAGACCUUGGCUCCCAUACUCCCUGUUGCCAAGUUUGGGUGUCUAGAGCUGGGUGAGCAUCUCCUCCACUCAUAUAUCGGGUGGGCUGUUCCUCACAGGCUUCGUGUACCCCUUUCACUUAAUCUUAGCCAAAAGGCCGAGAGGCGAUUGCAUGCACCCCUUUCAGCUAAACACAAGCUAGACCACCCUCCAGCACGUUGCCUGGACUUUAUGCUUCCACGUUCUUGAGGAUAAAAAAUGCAGGAUUAAUCCCCAAUUUCCUCCAAGAAAGCACGGUGGUUCACAGCAGGCCUGUCCUGCUCCCAGGAAAGAGCCGAGGCCAAGUAACGGGGGUCAUAGUGAGGGGCUCUUUGGCAGCAUUUCUGGGGACAGAAUCUAGGCUGUGCCCCCUGAGAUCAUAGAAAGCGCUCCCAUCCUGGUGCCCGGUGCCCGUUACUGCAUCUCAGGGCAGAGCAACCCCUGCCUCACCCGGAGGGCUGUGGGGCCCUGGAGCAGACUCGCGGGGGCGGCGCGUCACCCUCACCAUCACCGUCUGUGUUUUAGGCCAAGCUGAGGCUCGUGGCAGAGGCGAUGGCAGCCCCGCGCACGACUCCAGACUUGCCGGCCGCCCAGCUGGAGAGGCUGGAUGGAUCGGAGUGUGGUCCUGACCAGGAGGAAGAAGAGGAGGAAGGAAAGGGGGAGGAGGUGGAGGCGCUGGAGGAGGACCAGGUGGAGGUGCUGGAGGAGGACCAGGUGGAGGUGCUGGAGGAGGACCAGGUGGAGGCGCUGGAGGAGCGGCUGGUGGAGGAGGUGGUGGUGGACGUGGACGUGGAGGUGGAUGGCACGGUGGAAGAGGCGCUGGCAGAAGAGCAGAGUCCAGCGUCGGGGACCCAGGAGCGCCCCCGCGGCGGCAGGGACACCGAGUCGCCGGGCCUUAAGGAAAAGGCCCUGCAGGCCUCCCGGGCUCCAGCCACGCUGAGGGAUGAGGACCUGGAGCGGGAGGGGGACGAAGAGGAGGACGAGGACGAGGACGAGGACGACUCCCUGACGUCUGCGUCUCAGGGGCUGGUGACCUUUGAAGACGUGGCUGUGUACUUCUCCCUGGAGGAGUGGGAAAGGCUGGACGCAGACCAGCGGGAGCUCUACAAGGAGGUCAUGCGGGAAAACUACGGGAUUCUGGUGUCCUUGGGAUACCCAGUCCCCAAGCCGGAUCUGAUCUUCCGGCUGGAGCAAGGAGAGGAGCCGUGGGUCCCGGAUAGCCCCCGUCCCGAGGAGGGAGACAUCGUCACUGGCGUCUACACAGGGGCCUGGUUCUGGACCGACGACAUAGAGGACCACGAGGAGGACGACGAGGACUUCUUGGCAGAGGUGGCGGCAGAGGAGAACGAACCCCCGGGGCUGUGGUCGGCGGCCUACGGAGUGGGCGACGUGCCUGGGACCUGGGGCCCCGACGACUCGGACUCUGCGCAGACUCCGGAGGGGUGGGGUCUGGACCCCGGCGGGCUCGGGGUCCUGGCCCCGGAGUCUGAGUCGAAGCCCUUUCUGCCGGGCCGGGAGCCGGGUGCGAGCCUCCUGGCGCCCUGGGCGUUCCCGGCCGCGGUGGCUGCGCCAGCCGGGCGCCCGGAGACGACGUGCGACGUGUGCGGCAAGGUGUUCCCGCACCGGUCCCGGCUGGCCAAGCACCAGCGCUACCACGCGGCGGUCAAGCCCUUCGGCUGCGACGAGUGCGGCAAAGGCUUCGUGUACCGCUCGCACCUGGCCAUCCACCAGCGUACGCACACCGGCGAGAAGCCCUUCCCGUGCCCGGACUGCGGCAAGCGCUUCGUGUACAAGUCGCACCUGGUCACGCACCGUCGCAUUCACACGGGCGAGCGGCCCUACCGCUGCGCCUUCUGCGGCGCGGGCUUUGGGCGCCGCUCUUACCUGGUCACGCACCAGCGCACGCACACGGGCGAGCGGCCCUACCCCUGCCCGCACUGCGGCCGCAGCUUCAGCCAGAGCUCGGCGCUUGCGCGGCAUCAGGCGGUGCACACGGCCGACCGGCCCCACUGCUGCCCCGACUGCGGCCAGGCCUUCCGUCUCCGCGCCGAUUUCCAGCGCCAUCGACGGGGCGGCGGCUGCGCGGAGCCCGGUGGCGAGGGCCCUCGGCGGGAGCCUUGCAACGAGACGGGGCCCGCAGCGGGGCCCGAGGAGGCCGAGGCGGGGCCGGAGGGGCCAGAGGUCGAUGAGGCGGACGGAGAGACUGAGGGAGAGGCUGAGGUGAGAGAGGAGGCGGUGGAGGCGCCCACCUCCCGGAGCAAGGAUGACCCUGAACCGGACAGGCGGUUUCUGGGGCUAGGCAACGGCCUGGGGGAGGGCGAAGGCCCUUCCUCGCACCCGCUCGGCUUCCACUUCCCCAUGCACCCCAAGUCUUGGCUCCACCCGGAUGGCUUUCCGAUCCUGGGCCUCCCGGACUUCGGGGAGCGGCUGCCGGCCGACGGGCGCCCCCUGCCCGGACCCCUGGGGGGCCGGCUCUCCCUGGUGGAGGGCGCGGGGCUGGCCUGCGACCCUUUCGGCGGCGGGGCCGGGCCUGGAGGCACCAGCGGCCUUCGCGCGUUCGGGCCUGCAGUCGGGGGGCUGCUGGCGGAGCCGGCGCCCGCCGCGUUGGCCGAGGAGGAGAGCCCGUGGAUCUGCUCCGACUGCGGCAAGACGUUCGGGCGCCGCGCAGCGCUGGCCAAGCACCAGCGCUACCACGCAGGCGAGCGGCCGCACCGCUGCGCCGACUGCGGCAAGAGCUUCGUGUAUGGUUCGCACCUGGCGCGCCACCGCCGCCGCUUCGGGCAGAGCGCGGCGCUGACGCGGCACCAGUGGGCACACGCCGAGGAGAAGCCGCACCGCUGCCCCGACUGCGGCAAGGGCUUCGGCCACAGCUCGGACUUCAAGCGGCACCGGCGCACGCACACGGGCGAGAAGCCCUUCCGCUGCACCGACUGCGGCCGCGGCUUCGCGCAGCGCUCCAACCUGGCCAAGCACCGGCGCGGCCACACGGGCGAGCGACCCUUCCCGUGCCCCGAGUGCGGCAAGCGCUUCUCGCAGCGCUCGGUGCUCGUGACGCACCAGCGCACGCACACGGGCGAGCGGCCCUACGCCUGCGCCAACUGUGGCCGCCGCUUCUCGCAGAGCUCGCACCUGCUCACUCACAUGAAGACGCACCGCAGCGCGUCGGGCGCGCCGGGCCAGGUGCCCGCGGCGCCUGCGCCCAAGGCCGAGGCGCCCGCCAAGGGACCGCCAAGCGCGGGCGCAGGGACCGGGCCUGGGGAGCACGGCAGCACCCUGCUGGAGUUCGCGGGCGGAACGAGCUUCGGCUCCGAGCCGACGGCCGCCUUCGCGGGGCCUUCGGGCGCCUACGAGGAGACCAUCCUGUGA